AUGCUGCCUUCCCAGGAAGCCUCCAAAAUCUACCAUGACACCUACAUGCGCAACUCCAGGGCCAUAGGGGUCCUGUGGGCGAUAUUCACCAUCUGUCUGGCCAUCAUCAACGUGGUGGUCUUCAUCCAGCCUUACUGGAUCGGGGACAGCGUCAGCACCCCCCACGCCGGCUACUUCGGCUUGUUCCACUACUGCGUGGGCAACGGGAACUCCAACAGGGAGCUCUUGUGCCAGGGCAGCUUCUCUGAAUUCAGCUCCAUCCCGUCGGGAGCUUUCAAGGCGGCCUCCUUCUUCGUGCUGAUGUCCAUGGUGCUCAUCCUCUGCUGCAUCGGCUGCUUCGCCCUCUUCUUCUUCUGUAACACCGCUACGGUCUACAAGACGUGCGCCUGGAUGCAGCUGCUCUGCGCCGUGUGCCUGGUUCUCGGCUGUGUCAUCUUUCCAAACGGCUGGGAUGCAGAGAUCAUCCGGGACAUGUGUGGAGAGGACACGGGGAGGUACACCCUGGGUAACUGCUCGGUGCGCUGGGCCUACAUCCUGGCCAUCAUCGGCAUCCUGGACGCCCUCAUCCUCUCCUUCCUGGCCUUUGUGCUCGGCAACCGGCAGAGUGACUUCCUGCAGGAGGAGCUGAGGGCAGAAAAUAAAGAUUUCGCGGUGUCACGGCUUCAUCUUGGCCCCUCUCUCCGAAUGGAUGGAAUUGAAAUCCGCGACUCCAAGGAUCCCAGAUUUGCAGUCCACCGUUUCCACUGAGAAGAAAACUUCCUCUCCCCCUCCUUAAGUCCUUCUCUCCCUCCCUCUCUCUUACUCCUCCUCUAAGUUCUUCAGGUUAAACCUCGAUCUGGACUUGGAUGUGGUCUUG